GGCUAUAAGGGCCUGGAGGAGCUGCUGCUGCUCCGUUAGUCGGAGCUGAGGGCAGGUCGUCGACUCGUUCUGGGAGAAGGAUCAGGCAGAGAUGGCUGCAACCACGGCUCAGCCUAUGGGGACGCUGCCCAGCGGACUGGGGAUCUGCACCACGGCGCCGGAUAUAUUUUACCUGCCGGAGCUGGUGUUUGGUGGUUUGGUUUGGAUCCUGGUAGCCUCCACUCAUGUGGACCCUCCAAACCCUCUGGGGUGGGUGAUGUUCGUCUCCGUCUUCUGCUUCAUCAUGACCUUCCUCUGGACGAUCAUCUUCGCUGCUGGAGGUCACAGGAGCAGCGCCGGCUGGGCUGUUGCUGACUUUGUGUACCACGGCCUGGCAGCGUUCUUCUACCUCAGUGCAGGAGUGGAUUUGGCUUAUAUAACCCUCUUGAAGAAAGGAGACGCAGACCUGAAAAUCUACCGAACCGACAUUGCUGCUGUGGUGUUCUGUUUCGUCGCCACGCUGCUCUACUUCAUCCACACCAUCCUCUCUGCCAUCCGAUGGAAAAACUUCUGAGCAAUGAACCACAGAUCUGCCUGAAUGUUGUGCAUCUUCUGCGCAUUUGUGUGUCCAUGUGAAUGUGUGUGUGUAAAUGAAUGUGGUCACGUUAACUGUAAACUCUUUUUUAAACAUUUAAAUCAAGCAGGAAAAAUGCAAAUAAAUGCAGAUUUUUAUUCCUGAAAUGUCACACUGUACGUAAAACAACAAUAUGUAAUUCACAAUUCAAGGAGCAAAUGAUCAAUUAAAUCUUUUUCACCUACUGAUCAUUUCUUUUAUGAGAGAUUGAAUCACUUUAUAUUAAAAAAUCUUUUAGAGUCUAUCACAGCAGACUGAUAUUUAAAACAUGCAAAAUUAGAAACUAGCAUUAUUAGCUGUAGAAAAUGUUUGAAUAUUCUCACUGAAUUUAUACUGUUAACAUAAAAAGUUGCUAAAGAUGUUUGUUGCAAUAUAUUUUAUAUGUAUUCCAGAAAACAAACCAAUAAAGCAACAAAAUAAAACCAGAUGAUGAGAGUUAAUGCUCAGUUUGUAUAGUUUUGUCUUUUUUUUUAUUCUCAAGAUUAAAACAAGAAACAGA